CGUGAAUCUCACUUCAGUCUCUCCUUGACCUCACGCUGCGAUCUUUGUGUGUAAUUCAACAGUCUGUAGUUCUUCCAUCACUCAUUUAAGGAAGACACAGCAUACACUCUUUUGUUCCGAUAAGUAAUUUUUUCAGAAGUCUUCAACUUUCAGCGCUGAAAGAUGGCUCCUGUCUCAUGCAAGAGCCUCGCGGCUCUGGCCCUCGCCCUCUCGCAACCGGCUCUCGCCGCUGUGUUCCCGACAAACAUCUUCAACCGUUCCGAAAUCGAGGCCAUGUCUCUGGAGAAGCGCGGCUCUAUGUAUGCCUACCAGCUCUGGGAUUCUGCCGAGAUCCCGUACAUCCUUCAGGGCCUCCCCCACGACCUUUCAGAGUCGAUCCGCGGCGCCAUGAGAGAGUGGGAGCAGUCGACUUGCAUCCGUUUCCUCCCCAAGACGAGCCAAGGUGCCUGGGCCAACUUCAAAAAGUUCGACGAUGGAUGUUACUCCAAGGGUUUGGGCUCUCCUGGCUCCGGAGAGAGACAUGUCAAUCUCGAUUACCCCAAUGCUUGGGAGAAGUUCCUUUCUGCAGGAACUUAUAAGGCCUGCCUCGAUGCCGGCACGCCUUCACACGAGCUUGGACAUCUCAUUGGGCUUACCCACGAGCACCAACGUCCCGACCGCGACCAAUACAUUCGCGUCCUGACAGACCGCGUCCAAAAGGACGAACUCGACCAGUUCACCAUCGACACGAGCGCCGAUGUCUCUGUCCCCUUCGACUACAACUCCGUCAUGCUCUACGACACCAAGGCCUUCGCCAAGACCAACAAGCUGACGCCCAUCUCCGGCUCGGCAAGCUUGAAGCACACGAUGGAGACCAUCACGGACAAGAAGAUCGACCCCUGGAACUCCCCGACCGCCAACGACUUCAAGGCCGUCAACGACGCCUACGCCUGCGAGGAGUACUACACCCGCGUGAUCCCGCAGUGCCUCGCUGGCAGCAUCCCGUCCAACGGCGACUUCUCCUCCUACUCCUUCAUCCUCGACAAGCACACCGAGGCCUACAUGGCCGCCAACGGCUACACCCACGUCGCGGCCCACCAGAACUGCCGCGCCAACAUGGUCGGCCAGGAUACCGACAACUGGGGCUUCACGCCGCUCAACGGCUGGGGACCCCGCGCGCAGUACAAGAUCACCACCAACCGCUGCAAGAAGGACCACGACCGCCACGCCAGCCGGUACGAGGUCGCUCUGUGCAAGGGAGACAAUGAGGGUGCCUGCGAUAUCAAGUGCGGUCUUCGCCGCGUCUGCCCCUUUGAUGCGAGUGGCAAGCAGGUCGACAGCAAGGCUAUUGAUGUGGUUGACAACAACCUCUGGAUCUGCCACCCUCACUAAGUAAACCUUAUUUUGGGGUUGACUGAGACCAAUAUGGCUCCAGCCUGGCUGAUAGUGAGUCUAAUCAACUGGGCUGUAAACAGCUUAAAUGCAUGAGGAGAUGAGAGACGGCAUAGCAUGCGGCAUGUUGGGAGUUCCGGUGGUUGCGUAGCUGUUGCGUGGGAAGAAUAGAAAAUGUGUAACAGCUUAGCUCAGUUAGAUCGCUUGAAUUGAAAUGUCAGUCUAGGUAUUGCUGAAGGAGUUCGAAGCGCUCCUAUAGAAAUCUUCAUCAUCUCUGAUUAGAUGGCAUCGCCUCACUUUCCUCGACAUCUCGGCUGAAAGUAGACCUCAUGGUCUUUUCUGAAGUUACGUUGUCU